AUGCAGCCCAAGCGACGCCUGCGUGAGUCCCUCACGCCCCAGCAGCUGCGUGAGUGGUACGCUGGUUGGGGCUGUAGGGGGGGCGACGCUACUCCUACUACCACUCCUGCUGCUUCUACUCGUGGUGGCAGCCAGAUGCAGCUCCCGCGACCCUCUCGCGUGUCUCUCACGCCUCGCCAGCUUCGUGAGUGGUACGCUCAGAGUGGAGGGUCUCUCAGUGCUGUUCGCUGCUCUUACGUGAUUCGCACUGGUCCUCGGACUGGUCAGCCUUGUGGGACACAUAGUCAUACACAGUCCCGCUGCUUCGCCCGUCUGAGCGACGCCUGGCGUACCGUGUUUGGCGACGAGGCUGAGCUUCCCGACUGGGUGGAGUUGCUUAGGCAGAGGGUAGAUAUAUAUGCUCUUGACUAUGAUGCUAUUCUCACUGCCAUGUAUGCAUUGCCUACUAGUGCUGACCGUGCCAGUCACCUGUGCGUCCCGCCUGACCCAGGUAUAGGACCUGCUGCUCUAGCUACUGGUGAGGCUGCUGCUCUGGGUGCUAGUGAGUCUCCUGCUCCAGGUACAGGUGCGGCUGCUGCUCUAGGUGCUAGUGAGUCUGCUUCCUCCGGUGCGGGUGAGGCUGCGCUCUCAGGUACCGCGUUGGCUUCGGCCUCCCUCACCUUUACACUUGACUCUGGGGCUUCUCGCUCCUUCUUUCGGGACCGCACCACACUCACGCCGCUUGGUCGGCCGGUUGCAGUCUCCCUGGCUGACCCCUCUAGGGGUCCUGUCCUCGCUCACUUCUCCACUGUCCUCCCGUGUCCGGCUGCCCCCUCGGGCACCCUGUCUGGCAUGUACCUCCCCUCGUUCUCGACGAACUUGGUGAGUGGUGCAGACCUACAGGAUGCGGGGGUUCACCAGUUCACUCCUGCGAGUCAGCGGGUGACCCACUGCACGGACGGACGCACAGGCCGGCACCUGGCCACGUUCUCGCGUCGGCCGGGGUCGAGCCUCUACACCCUGACCACUGAGUCUCCUCCUGUCCCCGCGUCCGGUCAGGUAGCAGCGUCGGGUCAGGUGUUUGCUGCUGCGUCCAGGUCUGGUCAUGAGUCUGCCCCCUGUUCGUGUCGCCUCCUGUCUCACGAGACUCUCCUCUGGCACCACCGUCUAGGCCACCCCUCCUUGCCCCGUCUUCGGGGCAUGGCUUCCCGUGUCCUUGUCUCUGGUCUUCCCCAGUCUCUCCCUCUCCUUCCUUCGGGACCAGGACCUUCCUGUGUCCCCUGUGUCGAGGGGCGCCUCAGGGCUGCUCCUCACUCCUCCCAGUUUCCCCCGACAGAGGCUCCUCUGCAGACGCUUCACAUGGACGUGUGGGGCCCGGCCCCCGUCCUCUUCCCCUUGCGCAGCAAGGGUGCUGUCACUGAGGUGCUGAUCGACUGGAUCCGCGAGGCUCGUCUCCAGCUCAGGAGGAGCUUCGGCUCGGACUUUCCUGUUCUGCGUCUGCACUCUGACCGAGGUGGGGAGUUCUCCUCUCGCCUUCUGCGAGACUACUGUCGUGCACGGGGGAUCCGCCAGACCUUUACGCUUCCGGACUCUCCACAGCAAAAUGGGAUUGCUGAGCGCCGCAUUGGCAUGGUCAUGGAUGUCGCUCGUACGUCCAUGAUGCAUGCGGCUGCCCCCCAUUUUCUGUGGCCGUUUGCGGUUCGGUACGCGGCGCAUCAGCUCAACCUUCACCCCAGGGUCUCUCGGCCCGCGAUGUCCCCAGUGUUACUGUGGACGGGGAAGGUCGGCGAUGCGUCUGCGUUCCGUGUCUGGGGAUCUCGGGCGUUUGUCCGCGACUUGUCUGCGGACAAGCUGUCCCCCCGUGCUGCUCCCUGUGUCUUCCUUGGCUUCCCCCUUGACGCUCCAGGGUGGCAGUUCUACCACCCCUCCUCUCGUCGUGUUCUGUCCUCCCAGGACGUCACGUUCGACGAGUCAGUCCCCUUCUACCGCCUCUUCCCCUACCGUACUCCUUCCCUCCCCCCCCCACCGGACUUCCUGGUACCAGUUCCCCCCCCGGUAGACCCCCUCCCCCCUCAGGUUCCUGCCCCUUCAGGUGUGUCCCAGGUAGACACGGUCGAGCUAGUCGAGGUUGCUGCUGAGUCUGGUCCUGCUGCGGGUGCUGAGCCUGGGGGUGCUGCUGCUGGGGGUGCUGAGCCUGGGGGUGCUGAGCCAGGGGGUGCGAGGCCGGGGGGUGCUGAGUCUGGGGGUGCUGAGCCGGGGGGUGCUGAGCCGGAGGGUGCUACGUCAGGAGCUGCUGAGCCUGGGGGUGCUGGGCCUGGAGGUGCGGAGCCUGCGUCUGCUGGACCUGGGGGCUCUCCGGUUCUUCCGUCUCGGCGGGAGCCGCUCUCUCCACAGGAGCUGCGCGAGUGGUUUGCUCACCGCUGGAGGCGUGCUGCUGGAGCUGGAGCUUCUUCGCCUGCUGAGGGGGCUGCCGGUCCCGGAGCUGCUGGGCCUGCGGGUCCUACUGGAGCUGGAGCUGCUGAGCCUGGGGUUUCUCCUGCUGCUGCGUCUCGCCGGGAGCCCCUCUCUCCACAGGAGCUACGCGAGUGGUUUGCUCGCCGCUGGAGGAGUGCUGCUGGAGCUGGAGCUUCGUCGACCGUCGAGGGUGCUGGUGCUGCCGGUCCCGGAGGUGCUGGGCCUGCGGGUCCUACUGGAGCUGGAGCUGCUGAGGGUGUUGGUGCUGAGACUACUGCUGUCUGUCCUGGCGGUGGUUCUGCUGCUGGUGCUGCUGGAGGUCCUGCCGCUGGAGGUGUUGGUGGCGCUGGUGCUGUCGCUGAGGGUGCUGGUGCUGUCCCUGCUGAGUCUGGAGCUGCCGCGCGGCCUCGGCCGUACUUCGUUCCGCUCCUACAGCAGGUUCUUGGUCUUUCUCCUCCGGUAGAGUGUCCACAGCCUGUCCAGUCGCAGUCACUGUUGGAGCCUUCCUCUCCUCUGCCUGCUCCCUCUCCUUACACUGGUCCUACUGGAGGUCUUGCUGAGCGUCGUGAGCCUGCGUCUCGUCCCGCGUCGCCGGUUCGUGCUGCUCGCGCUAGUGGUCGCGGUUCGCGUCACCGUCCUCCUCCUGUCCCUGGCACGCACCGGAUGUCUCUGCGUCCGUCCACAGCUCCUCUGCGUGCCCCUUUGCCUUCUCCUCCUGAGUCCUCUCUUCCUGCGCUUGCCGACCCUGAGUCGGACUCUCUUCGUGCUGCCAGUCCUACUGUCACGCGUCUGCUUGCUACUGUCGUCACUGACCCCUCCUUUGAGUCCACUGCUGCGUCUGCUCUUGUCGCUGAGCUCGUCGAUUUUGCUGCUCGCUGUCGUCUAGACUACGCUGCUGGCCUUGUUGCUGAGUCUGCGUCUGUCUGUCCUCCGUCCGUUGGGGGUGAGUGUGCUCUUGGCACGGACGUCCUAGAGGACAGGCAGGAGGAGUUACAGUGUCUGGCUGCUGCUUCACCUCAUCUCGCGUCUGUACUGCUUGCUCCUGAGGGAGACCCGGAUGCACUAGACAUCCCGACUCCGCGCUCUUACGCGGAGGCCGUAGAGGGUCCCUACUCGUCUCAGUGGCAGGCAGCUAUUGAUGCAGAGAUGGCUUCCUGGAAGUCCACAGGCACCUACGUUGACGCAGUUCCCCCUCCUGGGGCGAACAUUGUCAGUGGCAUGUGGAUCUUCAGGGUGAAGCGGCCGCCGGGCUCUCCACCUGUCUUCAAGGCGCGGUACGUUGCUCGUGGCUUCAGUCAGCGGCAGGGAGUUGACUACUUUCAGACCUUCUCUCCCACCCCGAAGAUGACUACUCUUCGGGUACUGCUGCACGUAGCCGCUCAGCGCGACUACGAGCUUCACUCUCUCAACUUCAGCACUGCGUUCCUGCAGGGUAGCCUGCACGAGGAGAUCUGGCUGCGCCGUCCACCUGGCUUCACUGUGACUUUCCAACCUGGCACCCAGUGGAGCCUCCGACGGCCAGUCUACGGUCUCCGCCAGGCACCGCGUGAGUGGCACGACACACUGAGGACUACGCUUGCGGCUCUUGGGUUUGCUCCUUCUACUGCUGACCCGUCGCUGUUUCUGCGCACCGACACUUCACUGCCGCCGUUCUACAUCCUCGUGUACGUCGACGACUUGGUCUUUGCCACAGCGGACACUGCUGGACUCGCCUACAUGAAAUUACUAUAG